AUGAGACAAGACAUUCUGAGUUAUCUUCAAGGCGAUGAUUUCGACAUCUCAAUGGGAACCCUUACCAACAUACAGGGGAAGGACUAUCGGGCAAUAUUCACAUACCUCUUGCUGACUCUGGACCCAUGCCAUCCGUUGAACGAGAAUGCGAGAUUCGAGGAGCAAUUCGUUCCAGCCCUUAAAUCAUUAAAGUACCCUUACGCUCACCAAAUUGACAAUAAGUGGCUGGCGGCCCCUGCCAGCAUGCAUUCAUGGCCAUCACUCCUCGGUGUUCUCCACUGGCUGGUGGAAGUAUGUAAGGCUCGGGAUGAAUAUCUUUCCAGUGGUCAUCCGACGCUCCAAUUUGCUGCCGAUGUGCCAGAGGAGUUCGACCAGCCCUGUGAUCACCUCACUUUAGCAUUCGAGUAUUAUACACAUUCAUACCUUGUUUGGUUGGAUGGAUCAGAUGAAUUUCCGGAAGCUAAGCAGGCGUUAGAGGAUCGGUUCGCUAAGAAGAAUGAAAGGGUUCAACGUGACCUAGAGGAGCAGACGAAUCAAUUGAACGAACUUAAGAUGGAACUUCAUCGAUUGGAAUCUUCAGCUGCCCCCGUAGCAAAGCUACAGAAUGAGAAUGAACUACUCCGUGGGGACAGCGAGAAAUUCCAAAAGAUCCUUCAUCAGUAUGAAGGUCGCAAGAAGAAGUUGGUUGACACGAUUGCUUCCGAGAAGGCGGAGCUAGCCUUACGAGACGCACACCUCCAGCAACUUGCUUCAGACCAGACGAGGCUUGCAGAGAUAGUGAAGACCCAGAAUCUCAGUCCGGAGGAAGUUAUUCGGAUGAACACUGAGCACGAGACACUCUCCCGAAAUUUGGAAGACCUCAAGCAGAAGAUUGAAGAAACGCGCCGAACAGUGAUGAGCCUGGAGGUCAAUGUCACUAAUCGAGCAGCGGCCGCCGAAGAAGCUCUUGAUUCAUACACUAAUCUACUUUCUAAGCUAGAACUGUUUCCCCCACUCCCAGUCCCAUUGCACGACAUCGACCUGACAUUGGAAAUCAAUACCGGUGCUUCCAAUCACCUGCAACUUUUGAACGGAGCCGACAUACGAAAAGUGAUCAAGCCGACCCUUAGUACGAUUGCCGAAAUGAAGCGCGGGGAGCGUGCAGAAGUAGAGAGUGAACGAAUCAAAGUGGACAACGAGCUCGACCAAUUGACGGUCGACUGCGAGAACGUGGAUCAAGAAAUCGAGGAGCUGGAGAAGAAGGUCGUUGGAUUGAAUGAACAGGCUGAUGAUCUACGGGAGGCAGCGCAGCAGGAGGCUUUAGUUAGUAAUGCGGAGGCGGCCAGACUGGAAAGGGAGCUAGCCCAUGCCAGAACAGCGGCUCUAGCCAACGGAAUGGGUGUCAAAUCACGACUCCAAGCCCUCCAAUUCGAUUACCGGGAACAGAUUGAGAAGGUUGCACGGCUGAAGGAAGAAACUGUUCGGGCCAUCAUGAAGAACAGCAAUGAUAUAUGUAUGUUCAAGCAAGAGGUGUCGCGUCUACUCGGUGACCUUCGCAAGUUUACCGAAGAGGAUUAG